AUGAAAAAACAAAACAUACGGCUGAAGGGUGGAGCAAAAUAUGGUGAGGGCCGUGUCGAGGUUUUGAAGGGCAGUGAAUGGGGGACGAUUUGUGAUGAUCGCUGGAACCUGCUUUCUGCCAGUGUUGUAUGCAGAGAACUGGGCUUCGGCUCUGCCAAAGAAGCCCUCACAGGUGCCCGCAUGGGACAAGGGUUGGGGCCUAUCUAUAUGAAUGAGGUGCAGUGCACAGGUCAUGAGCGCUCUCUGUGGAACUGCCGUUAUAAAAACAUCACUGCUGAGGACUGCAAACACACUGAAGACGCUUCACUCCGCUGUAAUGUCCCAUAUAUGGGCUAUGAGAAGACGGUGCGCAUCUUAGGUGGGCGAUCUCGCUACGAGGGCCGUGUGGAGGUGUUACAUACUGAGACUAACGGGACGCUGCGCUGGGGUCUGAUCUGUGGAGAAGGCUGGGGAACUGAGGAGGCCAUGGUUGUGUGCAGGCAGCUGGGCCUCGGGUACGCCAACCAUGGCCUACAAGAAACAUGGUAUUGGGACAGCAGUAACGUGACAGAGAUGGUUAUGAGUGGAGUGAAAUGUACAGGAGAUGAGAUGUCUCUCAGCCAGUGCCAACACCACAGAACCGUCAACUGCCAGAAAGCCGCCGCACGAAUCUCAGCAGGAGUCAUCUGCUCAGAAACUGCAUCUGAUCUAGUGCUGAAUGCACCGCUAGUGCAGCAGACGACGUAUAUAGAGGACCGGCCGUUACACAUGCUGUACUGUGCAGCAGAGGAGGACUGUCUGUCCAAGAGCGCCGCUAAAGCUAACUGGCCUUACGGUCACCGCCGCCUGCUCCGCUUCUCCUCACAGAUACACAACAUCGGACGGGCUGACUUCAGACCCAAAGCAAGCCGUCACUCAUGGGUCUGGCACGCAUGUCACGGGCAUUAUCAUAGUAUGGACAUCUUCACACACUAUGACCUGAUGUCUGCCAAUGGCACUAAAGUGGCAGAAGGACACAAAGCCAGCUUCUGCCUGGAGGACACAGAUUGUGAUGAAGGUGUUUCCAAGAGAUAUGAGUGUGCUAACUUUGGUGAGCAGGGCAUCACAGUGGGAUGCUGGGAUUUGUAUCGCCAUGACAUUGAUUGCCAGUGGAUCGAUAUUACUGAUGUCAAACCAGGAAAUUAUAUCCUUCAGGUUGUGAUCAAUCCUAACUAUGAGGUUGCCGAGAGUGACUUCACAAACAAUGCCAUGAAAUGUAACUGCAAAUAUGAUGGCCACAGGAUCUGGGUCCAUAACUGCCAUAUUGGUGAUGCUUUCAGUGAGGAGGCUGAGAAGACGUUUGAGAAAUACCCUGGACAACUUAACAACCAGAUCUCAUAAUCUUAUCACCAGAUUGAUAUAAUUAGCAAAUUGGGACAAUCUAAUAUGUCAGUUAAUCCAGAGUAAAAUAUUUAUUCAUUCAAACCAGCCAUAAACUAAGUAACUUCUCACAUUGCAAUUACAGAAAUCCUAAAAUCUACAAUAUCCAAUGUUUUUACGCCAAGAGUAUAACUGUACUGACAUAACCUGUAAUUUUUUAUAAAAAAAGAACUCCAAAAAAAAACACACUCUGAGCCACUGAGUCUGGCUUAAGUAGUGUGAGGAUUAGAUGUAAAUGAACAUUUGUCAGGCUGUGCAGUGGUACUGCCUGUCGUAUGUGUUUACAGUGCAAUCAGGUGCUUAUUUUCUUAAAGGUUUAAAAAGCCUUGUUGAUGCAUCACGCAGCCUGUGUGCUGCUGUCUCUGUGAGUUAAAAGUACUUGAAUGUUUUGUACUCCAGAUGAGCAUUCGUGUUUAAAAAAUUGCAAAGUGUGAAUGUAUGUUAUGCUUCAAAGCUCUGACUCAGAGCUAUUUUACUUUCAAAUGGUCUUUCAUGUAUGACUUGUUACAGCUUCAGUGACGUUUUUUUACACGCUGUUCUAGAUUUGUCUUUUUACUGAA